CCUCCAUUCAACGCUCUCCUCCCACUCAAUCGACGUCGUCACGGCCCAACUCCUCGCAGACGAACAAGUACAUGCCGAUCUAGGAGACGCAAUUAAUGAAUUCACAUAUAAUGGCUAUGCGCACCAAGUGGAAGAAAACACCCAGCACCGCAAUCAAAUCAAGGCCGAGAUCUAUCAAGACGACUGCCUUUACCCAAGCCUGCGCUUGACGGACCACGGCGGUCACUGCCAAGAAGUGCUGGUGGAGCGGACCCAUGUUGGGCUGGCCCGGACCGUACAUCGCUGCCGCCAGAUGCGCUCUCCAGGUGUUCGUCUCUCGCACUCGGAUAGCGUCGAGUUGGUGAGCGAUCGGCCCCCAGAUAGUGCGGAGGCGGUAGAUGCUCGGCACGGGCAUGGUCGCGGGCGCGGGGCGGCAAGGUGGAGAGAGCUUUGCGGAGGUUGUCGAGCUCUGGAGCCAGAAGAAGGAGCAGAGGAGGCGACCAGCUGGAAGCGAGAGCAGGCGCAGGGUGGAAGUGGUACGAAAAGAGCUGAACGACACUUGCGGUGUGGGUGGGGAGUGCGAGUGUGUUGUUGUUUGUGGGAGAGGCACCGCCCGCGCGGCCCGCGACCAAGUGCGCGAGAGCAAAAAGCCAGACAUCAAGGUUCAAAUCUGAUGGCAGGGAGCCUCUUCUGACGGCGCAUCCCAUGUCCUGAGGCAAUACAGGAUAUCGCACGAAGCUCAGCCGCCGCGUGCUAUCCUCGGCGUAGCCCUGAUAGUACCAUGCGUACGCUCAGCGAACAAGUCAGGUAAGGCAAGUGACAACAGGUUACACGCGGCUUC